AUGUGGUCGUCUACUUCCAGCGUUAUAAGCUUGACCGCGGAGAACACUCUGGGAAAGACGACUCUAGCAAUUCGUGAGAAGAAGUCAAAGUAUAAGCUCUGGUGGAGGACGCGUCAGCCUGAAGAUCGGGGUGCUUACCUAGCGGCGAAGAGGGAGGCUAAGAAGGCAGUCUCCAAGGCGAAGUCGCACCGCUACAAGGCUGUGCACGACAUGCUUGAUACCAGAGAAGGCGAGCGGGCAGUGUAUCGUUUAGUCAGAGCACGUCAUCGCUCAACGUUGGAUAUGGAGCACACCAAGAUCGUUAAGGGAGCUGAUGGAGCCGUUCUGCGCCGCUCUGGUCAGAUCCUGGAGAGGUGGCGAGAGUACUACAAUCACUUGAGUUGCGAAGAGUUCUAUCAUCCUCAAAUCCAAACUUUUCCCAGUGUCGAGAGUCCUGUUCUACCAAUUACUGUCGUCGAAGUCAAUGCUGCCCUCGCAAAAAUGAAGUCGAACAAGGCAACCGAUCAUGAUGGCAUACCUGCUGAUGUCUGGAAGCUGCUAGGAAAUCGAAGGUGUUUGUCCUACGUCCUAGACAAAGCGCACUGGGAGUCAAUGUUCAUGGAAGACUUCGAAAUAUUGAUUCCAUCCAUUGAUCUGUAG